AUGAUAUCUGGCCCAACUUACUCAGGCAAGAGCAUUUAUGUAAAGCAGUUAUGCACUUCUUUGGUUGCUCUCGUUGUAUUUCUGGCACACAUCAGAAGCUUUGUUCCGGCAGAGGCAGCAGUGAUUGGCCUUACUGACAGAAUCUUCAAAAGAGUUUCGAGGAAAGCGACAAUGGCUGUUCAGCAGUCUGCAUUCAUGAUUGACCUAUAUCAAAUAUCCUUUAUGCUGAGACAUGCCACUUCAAGGUCCCUGUGCAUAAUUGACGAGUUUGGCAAGGGCAUUUUGGUCCCAGAUGGUGUUGGCCUCCUAUGUGCAAUCUUGCAUCAUGUUGCGAGUCAAGAUGUACCACCGAAGACUGCGACUCACAAGUCACCGGCCAACCUCGUCUCUGUCCCGAUCCAGACUGCGACUCACGGCGGGAAUCCAGGGGUGCCGGGUUCAGUCACCCGGGACUGGAUUCCCCUCUUUACUGUGAGAAGUGACUCCGGCCGUUACCUUCUCAACGCUAGGCCGUCCCGUGACCCCUGGUCUAGAGCUGGCGUCCCUUUUUACAAUUCGAGCCACUGA